AUGGCGGAAUGGCAAGAACUGCAACCCAGAAUGUGUCGUGCGCUGACCUCGAAUAGCCCACUUCUAACGACCAUCCUCGAGGUAGACCGAAGCCACUUCCUCCGGAUACUGGUUGCCGAUGUCAUCCGCGAACUGCUCUACAACGGAACCGAACGAGUGGUUUUCGGGCGAUCUCCAGGGUUGCGCAAGAUUGUUGAACAUUUCCCACUGUCACCAGUGGGGGACUCGAAGUGGAUGGGCGAGGUGAUCGAACACUUCAGCCAGAUUGAUCUAGCGAGAGCCUUUGUUGAAGAGCCUGAACGAAUUUUCAUGGUCCAACGCCUCGAGUCCGACGGCAAUAAAUUCUUCGAGAGUCCCUCUCCAUUCGUGGCAACCGUGACGAGUGAAAUAUCGUUUCUGGCGCCCAAAGCCGCGGACACAGGCAUGAUGACUCUAGUAUCUGUUCCAGUGACGAAGGACAUGUCCGUCAAUUGCAUCGCCUCGGAGUCGAAAUCGUCAACGAUCCUGGAGAUUCAAUACCCAAGAGAUGAAGGUGAUCGAUUUGUGAACGGAUCCAGGAGUGCCAUAAACAGCCUGACGAUUACCUUCUGCGACGAAGAGGCCAUAGAUAGCUUUACACAAUCCAUUCAAGAACUCCGCGACAACAGGACACCAGGAAGUGCGCCCAAAUUUCCUUGGACACCUAGGAAGCAGUCAUUUGCGAUCGUCAAUGUCAGCUCGACUUCUGAAGAUGACGGUCACAAUGAGGGUCGCGCCUUGAAUACUAUGAGCACUUCUGAGAUCGAAGUGUCGUCUCCUCUACGCGAUAUUUCAUUGCGUCAUCUGCAGAAGAGCGACUCAGCAACUGACCGUCUAUCACAGAAGCAGACAGCUACGGCUCUGUCUCGCAUAGGAGCUGGAGAUGGAGAAGAUACACCUGCAUUGAGGAAAGCCCCAAAUUCACGCCAGUUGAUCGAACGCUUGCGUGCUUCCCAGGAGGAAGCGACAGACUUGCCUCGCAAAGUCGGGUCAGGUUCGAGACGGUCGCAUCUGCCUGGCAGUCCAUCUAAGGCCGACCCUGCGGAAGGAGCGGUGACACAGAAGCAGCCGACCCGCCAUUCUACGGCUGCCAAUGGAUCAGCUCGCGGUGCAGCGCCUGCCUCUCCGGGGUCCGAGUCGAAACGCAAGCGCCAUGCUGAGCCAGCAAGCAGCUCACUUUCUAACCAAGCGAAGAAGAGAUCCAAGGCUGCUGACGCCACUACGCAAGCCAGCAGCAACCCAGACACACAGAUAUCCAGCCGUAAGAAGGGAACACUCAAAGACACCAUGGCUCGACUGAUUGGGGCUGGGAAAGACGCCUCCAAGGCCGGCGCUGGCACGGCACAGACGGGUCUCAAGCGAAGAGCGAACAAAGAAUCCACCACCCCUAAGGGCGAACAGUUUCAAAAGCCAUCCAAGCCAGCCUCGGACGCUGUCAGUUUUGACCUUCCACCUACGGAUGACGAGGAUACCCGUCUUGUAAAGAAAGCAAAGACCGGAGCCACUAAGCGUCCCGGCAAAACGGCUGUCAGAGGUCUUGGGGAGAAGACGAAAAGUGCUGUUCAAGUCGUGGCUUCACCGAAAGGCCGCAAGAAGAAGCCAAACAGCAAGCCGAAGCCCAAAGAGCCUGGAGAGAAGAAGUCACAACCGACUGCAGCCUCGAGCCGAGCGAGAAGAGCUCCCAAAACACCCAAGUACAUUGAGAACUCAGAUGAAAGCGAAGAAGAUGUUACACCCGGAGAGACUAGCGUUGAGGAAGGGAUUGAGGAGAUACACAACGCCGAUAACGUCGAGGAGACGGCCAAAGACUCACUUCCAAUCAGCAAGGGCAUACUUAGGACUGCUGCCGAAGCGUCGCAACUUGAGUUCAUGACCCAUGUCGAGUCGCAACUUCAAGAAAUGGUCGACAGAGAGAGCACUGACGACGAAGCUGGCUCUAGAGACAAGCAUCCUCUGCAGGAUUCAGCCAACGAACAACCUACUUUGAGAGACAAGCCACCGGCCCAACUGCCUAGAGAAAUGCACAAGCAAACUGUUUCGGAGAAGGCGCCUCCUGUUUCGGAAAUCAUAGCCACGCAGCCUGUCUCGGAGAAUACCUCAAAGCCAAUAUCUGCUGUAGCGGGAGAUACGCUUGGAAAAGACGACGCGCCUAUACGGAAUCCAUCAGAUGGUCGGAUCGUCGUGGCGAAAAGCCCUUAUACUUCGAUGCUUAGGGAGAAGCAGACCCCCACAAGGGAGAAGCUCACCGAACAGGUCUCCACCCAGCCAAAGGCUACUCCACAACGCAAUACAAAGCGUCUAAGCGAAAGUUCAAUUCCACCGGCGAGCGAAAAGUUGCUGCGAAAGACCCCAAUAGUGCAUUUUGGGCCACAAGGACCGGCCAACCAGGCUAUGCAAAGCAAGCCUGCUCGGAAAGAAGUUACUUUCAGAAGCUCAGCGGACAAAAGCUAUGGACAGCCCCAAGCAUCACGAUUUGACGAUGACGAACAUACUCAGGUUAGGGAUCAGCGUGCCCAGCAACCGAGGCCUGAACCUCCAGAUCCGAUCCGCCAGGUCGAUAAUGCUGAAGAAGCCAUUAAGAGCGCCCCUUGGGAAGAAGACUCCCAGCUUCCUCCCCCGGACGAUGCUGCCAACGACAUCCAUGUGGAAUAUGUUGAUGAUCUUGGAGAGCUUUCGAUCUCAGAAGGCAAAUUCAAGUCACCGGAGAUUGAAAAGACACAGCCCCGAUCUCCACGAGAAGCGGAUCCCUGUGAGAAGGAGGUUGCUGAGGUAGAAGCAGACGAUGAAGAUGAUCCCUCGAAGAUGAAGAGUAUUGACACAGACGACACGUCUUUUUUCGACAAGUCCUACGAUCAAGAAACCUCAGAGUAUGUUGCAUCUGAGCCCGAACAGGGGGCCAGUGGAAAGUCACCACCAGGUCCUGAAUGUCAACGAUCGCGCAAGCCUGAUGCCACCAUCCUAGGGGCAGAGACGCCGCUUCUUGAUGACGAUGCAACCAGCCAAGGCAAUCAGAGAGCCAAGGAACCUCUAGUCUCCCGAUCGGCAAUUCGUCAAUCUAUCGGGCUCAGCGCCAUCUUGGAUGAAGAGUACCCUACGGCUCAGAAAGUUAUCAACCCGCAGAAGCUUAGACCGGCUCGUCAGUCAGCUGCGGUGGACCAGACCAGUCAAGCCCGGAUCUCGUCCAUCGGAUCUUCUUCAUUCACACAGAUAUCCAAAAGAGCAGAUAUACUUGAGCCGACAAAGCAUGCAGACACCUGGAAAGAGGCUCAAAGGACUAGCACUGCUCCUGGCAUUCUUUCCAUGUCCCCUAGGCAAGCAGUUUCAGCGAACAAGAGCAGCGACUAUGAUAUCGUACUUCAGUACGAGAAGGGGCGCACCCAACUUCCUCCUCGGUCCUCAAAUGCGGCCUCGGAAAGCGCACUGCACGUUGGAGACACAUCGGUAGUAAAGCCAGGUACAAUAAACGAUUCCCCUGCACGUCCGGGACAAGACUCUAGCAGGGUGACUGCCACAUCGCCUCCAUCAAGGACAGCCCGUUCAAUGGCUCCGCCUCCUCCACCGAUGAUACUGCCCACUAGAGUCAGUAGUAAACCUGGUCAUGCUCGCAAAUCCUGGCCUGAAUCACACGUCGAGGGAGCGACGCGAGCUGCCGAAGCACCAGUAAAAGAGCAAGUCAAGCCUAUCAAUGCCGGGCCCGUCCGAGUGAAGAAGAGACUGACCCUGCCGCUUGCCGCUGAGGAGCAAAUCCAAAAAUCCGACGUGCCACCCGCCACGCCUGCAUCAUUCUCUACACGUCUCGAUUUGCACGCAGAUUUGUCAACUCAUCAAGCACGCAACGAUGGGGACUGGAGAAUGGAAUAUGGGGCCCAGAGGUUCGGCAAUGGGAGCAUGACGCUUGUGAACGAAGAGGAGUCUGGCCCUGAAGAGCGCUCAGGAAUUUGGACCAGGCCAGGUCGCAGGCAGGGGCCAGCUUCAGGCGAUGACAUGUCCAAAGCUGCGUCUCCUUCUCGCAUCUCCCGCGGGAAAGAACACGCUGGGGACAGGGACGGUCUCGUAGUGGGAAAGGUAAAUGCUCGAAGCUCUCAGCGAGCUCUUUUGUCCGCCAUAGUCAACAUCACCAAUGAUGUGUUAUUCCGCUUCGGCGAAGAAGAGGACGCCAUCCAGGCUAAAGUCGACCAGUACGCUCACGGCGGCAGAGCUAUCAUCGAGACUCUGACGGACGCUUGGAAUCAAAGACUCGAGCAUGAGCACAAGAUACUCUUGGAAGGGCUCAACGCGGAGCAGGAAUCUCUGUCAACAGCAGCAUGUCUCCUGACAGAAAAACAUGGUGGUGGAGCCUGGAGAGAGGCCAUUGCCGAUGACAGGUUGCUUGGCAAGGUGCAGAAGAAGGGUGCUCGACUUACGGAGCAGAUUGAGACAGUGAUGCAGUGA